UUUUUUGUGAGGCUGAGGAAUUACCUUGGAAAAAGGUUGAAUGCAAGGGAAAACGAAUUAAAGUCUUGGUUGUGUGGUUCUGUUUCAUUUUUCAAGCUUGUAGGGAAGCUGAGGUAGUCCUUUAUGGUACUUACUCUCUCUCUCUCUCUCUCUCUCUCUCUCUCUCUCUCUAUACAGACUCUAUUAUGCUUCUUAUGGUUGUAGUUGGCUACUUGGGUUUAUCUUUUUCUUGUUCAUCUCUGGUAAAAAAUACAGCUCUUCUGAAAAUGAGUUUACUCUGUAAUGAAAAGAAGAACUGAAUGUUUGGGGUUCGUCUUUCAGUUUCUGUUCAAAUUGUGAAACCCAGGUGGUUUUAGUCUUAACACAUUGUUUUUGGGCUAGUGGGUUAUUGAUUUGCUUCUUGGUGGUGGUUGCUUUGAAACUGAUCAGUGAAUUUGGUCCUAAUUAGAGCAUUUUUCACUUAGUUUCUGAGGUGGGUUUUGAUCUUUCUUUCUCCCACAACUGUUCAAAUGUUGCUGAAUUAGUUAGUGAUGAAUAAUAAGCAUUAGAUAUACUGUAAUGGAGGGUUCAUCAGAAUUGGGCUUGGAGAAGUAUAAAAUUUCUAAACGAAUGCAAUUGAAUGCCUAUGGUGGUGGUUCAGGUGACAAACUUGAUUCAGUCCAUGGAGGAAGGGUUGAUUUAUCAAGAGCUAAUGGAGUGUAUGAAAAGGAUCAUGUUACUUUGAGAAAAUGGUUGGAUAGAUCAGAACGACUAAUAGACCACCAUGAAUGUCUGCACAUAUUUAAACAAAUUGUAGAGAUAGUAAGCAUUUCACAUUCCCGAGGCAAGGUUGUUCACAAUGUUCGACCUUCUUGUUUCAUAUUAUCUUCUUCCAAUUUUGUUUCCUUCGUUCAAUCCUCUUCGAAUUCUAGUCUGGAAUCAGAUGACUUGGGUCAUGGAGAGUCUCCACUGGAGAAAUCUCCGAAAGGUGCUCCAGAGAGCAUAGACGAGAGAGAGAUGGAAGACUGCAGCAAUGCGGCAGACGUAGAGGAGUCGAAGAAAAACACCAAAAUGAACCGAAUUAUGCUGAUGGAGCGUAGUUGGUAUACUAGUCCAGAAGAGAUUGCUGGGGCUCCAAGUUCUUUAUCUUCAGAUAUUUAUUGUCUGGGAGUUCUUCUUUUCGAGUUGCUCUGUACAUUUACUUCGGUUGCAGAAAAGCUCAGAACUAUGUCCAAUUUGAGACAUCGAAUUCUGUCCCCUAAUUUGCUUUUGAAUUGUUCAAAGGAAGCAUCAUUUUGCCUAUGGUUAUUACACCCUCAACCGAAUACUCGGCCCAAGAUGAUUGAAGUACUACAGAGUAAUUUCCUCAGUGAACCAAAGGAUAACUUGGAUGAGCUUGAUGCUUCGACUAAGCUAAAAGAAAAAAUAGAGGAACAGGAGUUGCUGCUCAAAUUUCUUUUGGAAGUUCAACAAAGAAAAAGAGAAGCUGCUAAUAAGUUGCAUGAUGCAAUUUAUUGUCUUUCAUCUGACAUCGAUGUUUUAAAACAAAAACUGAUUCUUAAGAUUAAGAGCAAGGCAGGGUUAUAUCCAAUACUAAGAAAGGAUGAUCCGUUGGUCUUGAAGGAUGCGGAUCAACUAUCACUAGAUCAUGUAACUAAUGAUGAUUUAGCUAGCUCUGGGACCCGAAAACGGUGCAGAACAAAGUUUCAAAUUCAUGGUCAGGAAGAAGAACUCAACAAGCAUUUAAGUGAAUUUCAGUUAUCAGAGAUGCAUUCUGAUAAGCUGGAGAUUAUUAUGUCAAAAAGUUCUCGAUUAAUGGAAAACUUCCCUAAACUGGAAUCUGCCUAUUUCUCCACAAGGUGUAGGAUAACCAAACAAACAGAAAAUCCAGUGAAUAGAGUUUGCCAGAAGAGUAGUAAUGGCAAAGGGUCUACUGCUCUAACCGAAGGAAGUUCAGUAGAUAAUUCGGUUUCCAAGGGAAAAAGUGAGUGGAUAAAUCCGUUCCUGGAAGGCUUAUGCAAGUAUCUAUCUUUCAGCAAGUUAAAAGUCAGGGCAGAACUCAAACAAGGAGACUUACUAAACUCCUCUAACUUAGUAUGUGCCAUGAGUUUUGACCGUGACAAAGGAUUCUUCGCUACGGCUGGUGUUAAUAGGAAAAUAAAAAUCUUUGAAUGCGAUAUGAUCGUAAGAGAAGACCGUGAAAUUCACUAUCCUAUAAUGGAGAUGGCUAGUAGAUCAAAGCUUAGUAGUAUUUGCUGGAAUAGUUACAUCCAAAGUCAGAUUGCUUCAAGUGAUUUCGAAGGAGUGGUGCAGAUAUGGGAUGUUACUCGAGGUCAAGUCUUCAUGGAGAUGAGGGAGCACGAGAGGCGCGUAUGGUCUGUCGACUUCUCAUUGGCUGACCCAACAAAGUUGGCUAGUGGUAGUGAUGAUGGUGCAGUUAAGCUGUGGAACAUAAAUCAGGGAAGAAGUAUCUGCACCAUCAAAACAAAGGCUAAUGUUUGCUGCGUUCAAUUCCCUCCAGAUUCUUCAUGUUCACUAACAGUUGGUUCGGCUGAUCAUAAGAUUUACAGUUACGAUCUUCGUAGCACGAGAACACCUUUAAGUACUCUAAUUGGGCAUACUAAGACUGUGAGCUAUGUCAAGUAUGUGGAUUCAACAACACUUGUUUCUGCAUCGACUGAUAAUUCAUUGAAGCUUUGGGAUAUGUCAGCGUGCACAUCACACAUAAAUGAUAGUCCUCUCCAGACGUUCACUGGACAUACAAAUUCAAGGAAUUUUGUGGGUCUAUCUGUAUAUGAUGACUAUAUUACCACAGGCUCGGAGACGAAUGAGGUUUUCAUCUACCAUAAAGCUUUCCCUAUGCCAGUGCUGUCUUUCAAGUUCAACAACACAGAUGCACUUUCAUGUCAAGAUGUAGAAGAACCGUUCAUCUCAUCCGUCUGUUGGCGAGACAAAUCCACUUUGCUUGCUGCUAAUUCCGCUGGCAAUAUUAAACUUCUUGAGAUGGAUUAACUUGUUAAAAAUAGAAACACGGUGAGAAUGAAAUCAAUAUACUAUCUGUAAUUAAGAAGACUUCACACGGUAAGCAGCAAUAAAAUCGAUAUCUGGAUUGAGUAUUCUGACAUUUUGAGUCGCAAUUCUAUACUGGAUCCUCUAAACCGAGCUAUUGCCUUCUGUUAUCAUCAGGUUUUCGCUGUAAUCAGUUUUGCAAAUUGGGAUUUAGAAGCAUCUAUUAUCAUUUUUUUCUCUGUGGCUUAGGUGGAUAUUCGUAUUCUUUUUUCAGAGUUCGUCGCAAGUUGGUCAAGAUUUUGAGCUACAGACAGUCUACCACACAUCUAUAUUUACCAGAACACGUUCUGUUGAAUUAACUGUAUAGUCAGCAUUCAACAUUCAUUCCGUACUCGGCAGUUGACUUAUCUGAGUCGUCUGAAUCUGACUCAUCUGGAUGUGAAAAAACAAACACAUUCUUAAUCUUGGACCUACUUUAGUUUUGAUCAUGUAGCACUCGUAUAAUUUUUCUUUUGGUUAUUACAGGCUUAUAGCCCUUCCCAGGCACUUUUUUCUUC